UUUUAGUUUGACCACACAACCCAGUUGAAACACAUAUUUAUGUAUUUGUAACGGAUGUUUAAUAUUUACAUACAUUAAAUGACAGUCAGGGAAUUGCCAAUGAAUAUAAAAUUUUCUAAGAAUUGGUGCCAGUGAGGAGUUUUAUGAUGUCUCGCCUGCGCUUCGCCUGUGACCAGGAUAAAUCGGUUCUGCUGAACAACUUUGAGACUCGUGGAUGGAUUCAAGUUGGGACUGAUGAUGACUGGAACUUUUACUGGGCAAAUGUACAGAACAUAAGGAAUGUUUUCAGUGUUGAUUGUGGCUACAGACUGGGAGAUGAUCAAGUGAUAAAUCAUUUUCCAAAUCAUGUAGAACUGACAAGAAAGGAUUUAAUGGUGAAAAAUAUAAAACGCUAUCGCAAAGAACUGGAGAAGGAUGGAAAUCCAAUGGCGGAAAAAGAUGAAAAUGGAAGAUUUUCUUAUCUGGACUUCAUUCCUCAAACCUUCAUGCUACCAGCAGAUUACAAUCUGUUUGUUGAAGAAUUCCGCAAGAAUCCUAACACAACUUGGAUCAUGAAGCCAUGUGGAAAAGCCCGUGGCAUUGGUAUAUUUUUAGUCAACAAACUUUCUCAGCUAAAGAAGUGGUCAAGAGAUGGUAAAACAACAACAUUUACCCCUCCAACGGCAAAAGACACAUAUGUGAUAUCAAAAUACAUUGAUAAUCCUCUUCUAAUAGGUGGGAAAAAAUUUGAUCUUCGAUUAUAUGUUCUAGUCACUUCAUUCAGACCACUGAAAGCUUACAUGUACAAACUAGGUUUCUGUAGAUUUUGCACAGUCAAGUAUAAUGCCAAUGUGAAUGAGUUGGACAACAUGUUUGUACAUUUGACCAAUGUUUCCAUUCAGAAACAAGGGGAAGACUACAAUCCUAUUCAUGGAGGCAAAUGGACUGUUCAGAAUCUCCGACUCUUUCUUGAAAGUACUCGAGGAAAAGAGGUUUCAGACAAAUUGUUUGAUGAAAUACACUGGCAGACUGUUCACUCUUUGAAGGCUGUCUCGGGUAUUAUUUCUAAUGACCGACACUGUUUUGAAUGUUACGGGUAUGACAUUAUUAUUGAUGAUAAUUUGAAACCCUGGCUGAUUGAGGUUAAUGCCUCACCUUCACUGACUGCCACAACAUCGAGCGACCGGAUCAUGAAGUACAAACUCAUUUCUGAUGUCAUUAACAUAGUCAUUCCUCCUGGUGAAUUGCCAGAUGUGAGAUGGAGCAAAACUCCAGCCAAAGAAGUCUUGGGAAACUUUGAAUUACUAUUUGAUGAGGAGCUGGCUCAAGCUGAUGCUUUUAACCAGGAGGUGAAGAAAUUGGGAGCAGUAGGAACUGGUGUGCGUGGUGGCAGGGAUGCCAAACGAUCCUCACAUGCUUCCUGGAAGUGACACUAUUCAACUCGGGGGUUUCAUCAUUCGAUACACACUGUGGUUUCUUAACGUAACAACACAGGAGAAAUGGAAUUUAUGAUUGUAAAGAGGUUGGAUUUGUACAAGUUCUCAAGUGAAGAGAAAUCACUGAAGAAAUGGAAUUUGUUUAGACUACUAGUAUUGUACAUGUUCUUAACCAUAAACAUAUGAGACAGAGGGCCAGGGGAGCAAAACUUCAAAUUCGGGCAAAAAUUAUAUAUUCGGGCAAAAUAGGCUUACCCGAGAUCUUUUUACCAUGUAUUUUCAUCUUCUACCCGCAAAAUUAGUUAUAACCCAUGUGAAAAUGCGUAGUGAUUCGGUUUGCAAUCCUACAUAGCUGUUUGGAAGUAAUGCUAAUAUGAUAAAUGUUGUUAUGCAGACUUGGACACUUUUGUUUUAUUAGGGAAAAAACCAGCCUGCAAAAUUGGGAGCUCGUACGCCUAGCCUAUGUUCUUAACACAGUUCCUGUUUAAGAAAUCACUGAAAAAUUGGAAUCUGUUCUUUUAGAAACUGUUACAUUUGUAGAGAUAAUUAACAGCUUAGAAAUAAAUCAUUGAAGGAACAGUUAUUUUAGAAACUUUUUAAUUUGUUCUUACAGUUGCCAUGAAAUCAGUAGAAAAAAUUGGAAGUUUUGCCUUGUAGCAACUGUCCAGUUUGAUUUUCUACAAUUGUAGAACACCAUCGGUUAAGACACCAAAUAAUGUUUUAAAAUGUACUAGAAUGCACAUACAUGUAAGCAUGCUUUUCUUUUCAGAACAAUCAUCACAUGUACUCCAGUUUUAAUGCUUGUAAAAUCUUUCUGUUUGGAUGAACUCAAGACUUGGUAUAUGUUUUACUCCCUUGACCCAUACUUUCAUUAUACAGUGAAACCUCUCAAAACAGAAUCUUCUGUAAACCAUAAUUCCCUCAAAGCCAGACAUUUUUCACAAUCAGGAAGGAAGGAAAUGUUUUAUUUAAUGACACACUCAACACAUUUUAUUUACGGUUAUAUGGUUAAGGACCACAUAGAUAUUGAGAGAGGAAACCCACUGUUGCCACUUCAUGGGUUACUC